AUGGAUCAUCCACAAAUUCACCCUGAUCUUCUGGGAGAAGCUCAACCUCUGAUAGUAGUAUAUAUUGGUGCAGGCUACAGUAUCACUACAAGCAAAGUGUAUUGGUGGGUUUCGAACAUCAUAGGUGCCCUUAAUGUUCCUUUUAUGUCUGAUACAGAACCCCUGCCGCUUUCCCAUGUCUUUAUCCUCAUUCCGUUGUCUGAUUCUUUUAUUACUGUAGUUCGGACGGUUAUGUUCCGUACACGUGCCUGGGAAUUGUGCUCUCCUAGGCUUACGAUGCAGCAGAAAAAAGAGAAAUAA